UUUAAGUUAUUUUUGGUUAUAUUUAUUUAAACAGUAUUUCUUGAAGACAAAACAUCUAAAAAUAUAUAAAAUAAACCUUUAAUAUUAAGUUUUAAAGUAGCUGUUUUGUUUAAAACCCCUCUAAACCUAGCUUAAAAAUCUCUAAUCUCUAGAUUUAGAUUUUAAACUCGUUGAAAACCAUUUCCAAUACUUUUCAGAAACUAAUAUACUUGUGUUAUCAUUUUUCCAGUGGCUUAUCUAUGGUCUUGACCCUUGGGCGGCCCAGAAAAAUAGACAAAUUAGACUCGACUCUGGCUCGAAUCAAGCCAGUCUUACAGCUCUUCCGCUCUCUUGAGUCGCGCUCUCCAUUAGGGGGGAGCGAGCCUCCCUCUCUUUUUUUGAAGGUGGGCACGUGAAACGAACGGAAAUGGAGUCGCUUCAGUAUAAACUUGGCAUCUGCUGGCGACGCUAAUACUGGAUAAUUAUUAAUCAUAUUUUUAUUCGGCUAAUUAAUAUUACGAUUUGUUAUUGCGUGACGUAAUGCCCGCCCUGACAAUCCGCUCCCGGCCCCAAGCCCUCUGGCCGCUGGUGAAGCUCUUGGGAGUGUUAGUGUUGGUAAGCCUGCCAAUUGUAACGGUAUCGGGGAUCGAGUGCUACGUAUGCGAUACCAGCGAUACGGAUCAGCCGUUCCAGUGCGGCGAGUGGUUCGAGCGUUACGACGAACCGGACAUCCAGCCCCAGAACUGUUCCAGCGUCCAUGGGGCGCAGUUCUGUGUGAAGCAUGUGGGUCGCUUCGAGGGCGGUAUCGGUGCCAAGCGAUUCUGCAGCUCCAAGGAUUUGGGCAACUACUGUGACUAUGUCCGGAAUAAGGGCGAUCGGAUGGAUUAUCGCAGCUGUAUAUACACUUGCGACACGGACGGUUGCAAUGCCGCCUUCUCUCUAGUUUCGGGGGGCAACGGUAAAUGGGGUGUGGUUGCUGCUGUCGCGCUCCUCACACUCACGCUCUUCGCCCGUCACUAGGGAGAGUGGGGCGGCCAGUGGGAGAGUCGAGAGACGAAGUGACGGCGGAGCGGGAGGCGUAGAAGAGCACCCAGACAAAGCUUUGUAAACACAAGCCGCAUCACAAUCUUUAAUUUUUUUUUUUUGCGUAAUACCUAAGUUUGUUAAUUGUAAGUUGUAACAAAGUAAAGUAACACACACACACUGUUAGUAUUUUAAGAAAGAAAAAAAAACAAAAGAAACUCAUUCAAAUCUAA